AUGAACGACGGCGAUUUCGUGAAGGCGCGCGAGGACGUCAGGGACGCGCUGAAGGGGGUGGAUAAGAGAUGGGCGGACGCGUUCCUCAGGCCGGGGCGGGAGCUCCUGAGGGAUCACUUCUCGCAGCGGGGGAAGUCGGAGGUGGGGGAGGAGGAGGAGGCGAAGGCGGCGGCGGAGGCGGACGCGCCGCCGCCGGGUCUGGGGUCCGACGCCGAGUAG